GUCUGGAUUACUGUCAUUGACCUGCUGCCAAUGUCUAUCAAGAUUCAUGAGCACUUUGAGUUAUUCCUAGACACGAUUACUUACCCAAACUAGGCGUAUCAUAGUUAUCUUUGGGAGGAGGCGGAGGAGGGCUUGCUCUGUCCGAAUCCUUUGCGUAUAAGAGGCGCGAGGUGAACUUGAGAGCACUAUGGAGGCGAGACAUCAUGACAGUAUGAAGAAAAGUAAGGGGUCGUCAGGCUCUGGGAGAAGAGCAUGAAGGACAAUGCGAAAGAUGCUAUAGCCUGAAGAUAUGCCAUUGUUUGCUCGGUAGUGAUGGAAUCCAAGGACAAGUCCGAUCGCGACAGCACGCGCCUCAAUAUGGGCGCUAGGCGCGACCUAUCCCACUUCCUCCACCAUGGACGUCCUCAAGCGGGGCAAGGCCGCAAGGUCUGCAGCCACCCCCCAUUCGCUGGAGGCUGCGGUAGUCUCAAACAUCGCUUUCGUGCUCACCCUACAUGCUGGCAAGCAAUACUUGAAUUCGGACAUUGGCUUCCACAGAACAUUAUCGGGCGUGUUGGUAUGCGUUGUAAUUGCAUAUGCGGCAAGAGUGUGGGCUCGAGGGGAGCGGAUAAACGCGCCGUCUUCGCCACGGGCUACCCUCCUAGCUGCCGCAUGCCUUAUGUAUGUUAAUGGGCUCACGUUACUCUUUGCGUUGGCCGCCCUCCCAGUAACGAGGAUUAUCAUCCUGUCCCAAACUUUCGCACUGUUAAGAACCUGUUACCAGGCUGGUCGAUGGUUGUCUCUGGUAACAAGUGUCAUAGCGUUGCUCGCGUCGUUCGCCUCAGACUUGCAGUCUCUGGAGCUUAGUUCGCUGGCUGUCCUAUGUGCUUACUGCGCUAUAGCUUUGCAAGCCGCAUGCUUCAAGUCUUUUAUCAAUAUCCAAAGUCAGGCCGCCCAUUUCGUUGACAGAUUGAUGGUCAAUCUCACGAGUUUGAGCGGCGCUCUUGGACUUUGCACAACAAUACAUUUAUUGGCUCUGCUUGUGGGCAUAACUCCUGGCCCACUCUUUGUUAUACCCACCGGCGGCGAAUUAUUACUAGCUCUUCCACUGCUCGCCUCCCUGAUACCCCACUCGUUCGGUUCUGGUCUGCCUAUCCGUGGUUCAUUAUUCGUGCAACAUCUAUCUCCAUGUUUAGCCACGCUGGCCCUUGGCCCCUUGCUCUAUAAGGAACAUAUCGGUGGUUUAGAUUUGAUGGCCGCGAGCUGUGCACUAUAUGGAAUGUAUUCACAAGAGUCCCGUGGGACAGAAUCGUUGGUUCAACUGAUUCAGAGUUAUCUGCAUUCGAUCCUUGAGAACCCUGAGUCGAGGAAGAUAUUCUACUUCCUGAUGCUCAAUAUGUGCUAUAUGCUCGUGCAGAUGCUCUACGGUAUCUGGACGAAUAGCUUGGGACUAAUAUCUGAUGCUAUCCACAUGGCCUUCGAUUGCCUUGCCAUUGGUAUCGGUCUGGUUGCUUCAGUGAUGGCCCACUGGCCGCCAAACGAGAAGUUCACUUAUGGCUACAGCCGCAUUGAAACUUUGUCAGGGUUCUCCAACGGAAUCUUCCUCAUCCUCAUAUCUAUCUUCAUCGUCUUUGAAGCGGUCCAAAGAUUAUUGUCACCUCCGGAUAUGAAUACGAGCCAGCUGCUACUGGUCAGUGCUGUUGGUCUUGCUGUCAAUCUUUUUGGGAUGUUUGCCAUGGGUGGCCAUCACCAUCAUGGUGGUCACUCUCAUGGACAUUCUCAUGCCGGUGACCCUAUUUCAGCGUUGUCAAACCAUCCAGCACCUAUGCAUCAUGAUCAUGACCUCCAUGAUCAUGCUCAUAGUCAUGGCCAUAGUCAUACUCACAGCCAUGACCAUAAUGAUGAUCACAGUCAUACUGAGAAAGUUGUCAUACCAGCAGUGAAUAUGGGUCCUCCUUCUGAUGAUCCAGAUGAAGAGCCACUACCAUACAAUUAUGAUCCAGCAGAACAUGACUUGCAGUGUUCCAGUGCUGGACAUCAGCAUUCUCACUCUCAUGCACAUUCUCAUGGACAUGGACAUGAAGGCCAUAGUCACAAUAUGAGAGGUGUCUUUCUCCAUGUCAUGGCUAAUAUAGGAUACUCUUGGCUCAGUUGGGGUCAUUAUCUCCACUGUGCUUAUUCAGUUCUAUGGAUGGACUGGAUUUGAUCCAAUAGCUUCUCUCUUCAUUGCUAUACUUAUUGCAGCCAGUGUAGUUCCACUGAUUGUUGACACAGGAAAGGUUUUACUUCUAGACCUAGCAGAUCAGGCUGGUCUUGUUGAUCAUAUGUUAACUGAGAUACAAUUUAAGACUGGGUCUGUUCAUUUUGAAGCCAAACUUUGGCCUAUAAAUGAUAGCAAUAUUGUUGGUUCUCUGAAUGUCACUAUUCAGAAGAGGUCAGGGCUUGAUAGUUCAGAUGGGCAGUUUGGACUUCAGAAUGUUAUUGACAAUGUGAAUGACUGGAUGGACAAUAGAGUUCAUGGAUUAGAAGAGGCAAUUGUGCAUUUUUCAAUUAGCUGAUUAAUGUAAUGUAUAUUGAAUUAUAUUUAUAAUGGGCUAAUUUGUAUAGCUAUGCUUAUAAGUCAUUGUGAUACUAAUGUGUGCAUUCAUCUUUUAAAUCAAUAUCUUUAUCUUAU